AUGGCUACACGAUUUUCGUGUCCCUUGCUACGCCGCGUCCCUGCUACGCUCCGUAGUGCUGCUCCUCGUGUCGGUUUAAGCAAGCUCUCGUCUUCUCGAACAUUUGCAAAUGCUGGCAAGAGCUUCGACGAAACGCUUAAGCGAGACUUUAAGCGCUGGCUAAAUUCAGAAGUCGUGUUGCUAGCCUGUAUGGUAGCAGCUGGAGCUGCUGGCGUCCACUUGUACCAGAACCGUGGAAAUGCACCUGUUAAACAGGUCAAGCGGUUGAUAGAAUCGGCAAAACAAAGUGCCAAGGAGGAAGACCGAGAGCAAGCACUCAAGCAUUGUCUGCAUGCGUACGAUGUCAUUAAGAGCACGAAUCCGCGUGACCGUCACUUGUUUGAGCUGGCGUUUUCCAUUGCUGCACAAUACGAAGACUUAGAAAGAAGCACGCCUGCGACGAAGUACUACCUCGAUGCACUGGAACACAACUCGCACGAGAUGAGAGUCGCCAAAAGGGAGCUGAAUCACGUGAUUACACUCGACCGCAUUGCACAGACUUACAUGAAGAGAGGACAUGACAACACUGCAGAGAAGUACUUCAGGCAGGCCAUUAGCGCUUACGACCAGAGUCGAGGACGAAGAAGUAUCUCAAGUGUCACGGUAAGCGAACGAGCAGAUGUCGCAGCGCUUGACCGGGAGAUCACCGCUGUACUUUUUAACUACUCGCAGUUGAUGAUGGCGGACAACCGCUUGGUCGAGGCCGAGAACGUGUUGCAACGGGCCCUGGCCCUCGCGCGCUCAUCGCUGAUGUCCGAUGAACACGCUGAUCUUAUUAAAGGUGCUAUUGCCAGCGUCAGGUCAGACAUUGCAAUGGAGAAGACGCAUGCGAAACAAGAGCAAGGCUUGUAA